CGUUCUUCAAUGCUUCCUUCUACGCCUAGACUUUGGUCGGACGGAGAAACCUGAAGGAGCCUAAAAAGCCUCUGAAGGAUUAAACUCGCUGAAUAAGCCUAUACUUCGACUACUUCUGAAGAUGACUGCUGCCCGGAAGAAGCGCCUGGAGGACCAGUCGGACGCCCGCAUCGUGGAGCGUCCAGCUGAUGGAUUCCCUCUGCGGAUAGGUAACCUGGAGGAGGGUAAUGAUAAGAAUGACUUUAUUGUAUCUUCACAUUUUCCUGCUGAGUUCAGUUCUGGGGAUGAAAGAGAGGACGAUGAUUAUGAGUCAGAUUGUAGUUUUAGCGCUCUAGUGUCUAGUGAAGAGUCAGGGCAUUCUAGCUGGGACGCCGAGGAAGAAGACACUGGUGUUGUAGAUGUGCCUCCACCAAAACGUAGGAUUGUCCAGCAACUUCUUCCUAACUUCCGAAUCUUGUGGGACAUAGACGAGCCAGAAGAACCCCUGGAGCAUGAUGAAGACGCCAAACCUCGAGGGACCUCCCAGCGUCCAUGCGUGCUUUACAGUUCUGAGGAUGAGGAUAAGGAUGAGUCAGGUUGCAGUUGUAGCGUUCUUUCAGAAGCUGCUAGAGUUCAGGUGGUGUCUAGUGAAGAGUCAGGGCAUUCUAGCUGGGAUGCUGAGGAAGAAGAUGCUGGUGUUGUAGAUGUGCCUCCACCAAGACGUAAGAUUGUCCAGCAACUUCUUCCUAACUUCCGAAUCUUGUGGGACGUAGACGAGCCAGAAGAACCCCUGGAGCAUUAUGAAGACGGCAAACCUCGAGGGACCUCCCAGCGUCCAUGCGUGCUUCAUAGUUCUGAGGAUGAGGGAGAGGAUGAGGAUGAGUCAGGUUGCAGUUGUAGUGUUCUUUUAGAAGCUGCUAGAGUUCAGGUGGUGUCUAGUAAAGAGUCAGGGCAUUCUAGCUGGGAUGCUGAGGGUAAAGAUGCUGGUGUUGUAGAAGAGCCUCCUCCAAAACGUAAGAUUGUCCAGCAACUUCUUCCUAACUUCCGAAUCUUGUGGGACGUAGAAGAGCCAGAAGAACCCCUGGAGCACGAAGAAGACGCCAAACCUCGAAGGACCUCCCCAUAUGUGCUUCAUAUUUCUGAGGACGAGGGAGAGGAUGUAGAUUGUAGUUUUAGUGCUCUUCUGGAAGCUGCAGGUGUUCAGGUGGUGUCUGGUGAGGAGUCUGGGGAUUCUGGCUGUUUUGAGGAUGACCUGGCUUCUUUGGCUUGUCCAAAGAGGAUGAAUGCGGAUGAGGGUCUUAGAGAGGAGCAGUCCCCUCAAGAGCCGACUCCGUCUUCAUCUGGUGUUUGUGUUUCCAAGAAGAGGAGAAGGGAGGAAGGAGCUGAGGAGGAGGAGCGCUGCGUCAAGAAGACUAAGAAGAAGGUCCCCCAGGAGAAGCUAACCCUUGGAGAGGACUUUGAGGAUCCGCAGCCUUCCACCUCUUGGGGUAGUACUUGGGGGAGCUCCUUAGCCUGGUGGUAUAGACCAAAAAAUGAGUCUGGCAGCGACUCUGAUUAGUGUUGAUCCCUGAUGGCUCAAGGAGAUCAUUUCUUGAUUGAGUCUUUGUUACAAAAGCUCAUGUCUUUGUAGCAGGGCUGGUGAUGCCCUAUAGGUAGCGCCUUGCACCGGGGCUUUUCUGUAACUCAGUACAGGAUUUUGUGUUUUAAAUUCUAAAAAGUCUUUCAGGGUUGGUGAUGCCCUCGGCAGCGCAUUGCACCGGGGCUUUUCUGUAACUCAGUACAGGAUAUUGUG